CCGGGGCACCCCCCGAGGGAGGCAGCUGCGCCGCGGGGACGCUCCUGGGAAGCAGGAGCUGCCGCUGAGCCCAUCCGUGCCUGCCGCGGGGAGGCGGCGCCCCCAGGAUGGGCGGCAGAAGAUGUGAAUCCGUCCUGUACCCUGCCCUCGCCCUCGCCAGCCUGGCGGCGGUCAUUUCAGCUAACACAGGCUUUUCUAUAUCCAUUUAUGAUGUGACAUCAAGAAGUGUUUAUCUCAGAUGGCCGAAGUUUUCGGGAGCCAUUUCUUACAGGGUAACAGCAAGCCCUGUGAACAUAGUGGGCCAUUCUGUAAUGGCUCAUUUCAGUGAUGUUACUCUUAUAGGCAUCCUAACUCCACUAACCCCCAAUACUAUCCACUCUGUGAAAGUGGAAGCAAUUGAUGAGAAUGGAAUUAUCCUGGCUGAAGCACAGACUAUGCAGUUAACAGCUCCCGAGAUACCCAUUAUUGAUCAAGCUUAUUCAAAACUGAGCAACAGUAUCACAGUGGAAUGGACAGCUGUCCCUGGGGCUACCAGUUAUCUUCUAACUGCACAAGAUGGGGAGUCUUUUAUUGAAACAAUUAUCACAAAUUCCCCAGGCACAGUGACAGGGUUGAAGGCUGCUACACUGUACAAAAUCACCAUCAGAUCUAUAAACUCUGGAGGAAAGAGCCAGCCUUCACCUUCAAGAAAGGCAAAGACAGUCCUGGCUGCUCCAGUUCUGUCUGCAAGUUCCCCAAGUUAUGACUCCAUCGUGGUGAGCUGGGGAGCUGUACAUAUGGCAGUUGGAUUCUCUGUGUCCAUAAUGAGAUCAGAUGGCUUGGGCAAUAUGGUGAAAGAGAAUACUACCAAUACCUCGUUGGUGUUUACCAGUCUAGAUUCAGGAACUCUCUAUACCAUCAAAGCUCAUGCCUGGAAUGUUAAUGGGAUACCUGGAGAUGAUUUCACAUACAACCAAAGAACAAGUCCUCAAGCACCAGCAGAUGUUCAAGUAGUUUUUGACAGUGGAGCUCUGAAGGCCAUUAUUUCUUGGACUCCAACAGAGGGAACCUUAAAUUAUAGUGUGACAGCCUCCAACAGAGCCUCCAAACUGAAUUGUGUCACAUCCUCCACUUCCUGCUCCAUGGCCUCCCUCCACUGUGGAUCCGUGUACUCUAUUUGUGUCAUAGCAAGCAAUGAUGCUGGGUCCAGUAAACCUACAGAUUCAGCGAGCCUUAAAACUGUCCCUUGUGCACCAGGAAGUAUAACAAUUGAAGAGGAUGAUCCUGGUAACCUGUCAGUGUCCUGGUCUAACGUAGAUCUUGGUGAAUAUUAUGUGGUUUUUGUGAAAAGUGAUGAUGGCUUGGAGGUACAUUGCAACACAUCCCAUACCCAGUGCCACUUCCAGUCAGACUGCGGUUUCAUGUAUUUCAUUAGUGUUUUUGCAUACAACAAAGCAGGGCAGAGUCCCUCAGGUGAAGUACUCAAUUAUACUACUGCACCGUGUUGCCCUAGUGACAUUCAUCCAGUGUUUGUGUCCAGCGAUACAAUUGAGAUUUUUUGGUCUCCUGUCCGUGGUGCUGAAAUGUAUGAAACAAAAGCUGUUGAUUGGACUGGUGUGGUACUUUGUAACGACACUGCUACAGUUUGCACUCUGUCUUCACUGCAGUGUAACACCCAAUAUAACAUCACUGUUUAUUCUUUCAGUGAAAUCAGGGGAAGCAACACAUCCUGUGCAUCUAAAUGUGUGUUAACAGCCCCAUGCAGUCCUGAAAUAACAAAUAUCUCAAAGGAUGCACUUUCCAUAAUUAGCGUGUACUGGCGGUCUAAUAAUGAUGAAGCUACAUAUAUUGUAACUGCCAGAGGAGAUGCUGGAUUGUGGCAUUGCACAAGUUCUGGGAAUUCCUGCUCCAUAACAAAUCUCCCCUGUGGAUCGGUCUUCUUUGUUAGUGUCGUGGCAAGUACAACAGUAGGACAAAGCUUACCUAGCUACAGCAUCCCUUUCGAAACCGCUCCUUGUUGCCCUAAUGAUCUGACAUUAACUCAACUGACGCAAUCAGUAACAAAUAUCAGCUGGUCUGCUGGGACUGGUGCACAGACAUAUGUAACAGUACUGGAAUCACCAAAAGGAUGGGCCAGGUGCCACACCCUCCAAAACCAGUGUCUCCUGGGAUGCAUCACAUGUGGCACCAACUAUACAGUGUCGCUGAAAGCAAUUAGCGAAACUGGGUUGACAUCAGACUGCACGUAUCAAGGCUAUUCUUCCAGUGCUUGCUGUCCUUUUGGAGUGAAAUUAUAUAGAUUAGGCAAUAAUGGUAUCCGAAUAUACUGGAGGACUUCUGCAGGACUGAUAAACUAUACUACACAUCUAUAUGGAUCAAAAGGCAAUUUCACCUGUACCCCUAAGUCUGGUUUGAGAUUUUGUGAUGUCACUGAGAUACCUUGUGGGGAUAUCUAUACUGUGAUGGUAUCUCCAAUUACUGAUAAAGGAACAAAGCCUCCAUUCUGUCCUAAAAAGAUAUACUCAGUGACAUGCUCUGGAAGUUCUGUUGGAAUGGUGAUUUAUAGAGGAAAGAGAAGUGCAGAAUAGCAUCAUUUUAGAUGGAGAUAAACAGAAUGUGUGUAUGGACAACUUACAUGGGCACCUGAAAUCACCAAUGGAGGUCGCUUAUACAAAGCAGCCAAAGGAAACAUCAGGCACUUCAUGUCUUUUCCUAAAAUGUACCAAAAAUAAUGAUGUUUCUUAAUGGAAGUGGUUGUUUUUAUUCACUUUUGCAGAAUUCUCUAAGAAAUGCUGGAAAAUAUAACUGAAUUACAGUGCUUAAUAGAAAAAAGUUAUUUUCUAUUUAGAGUUUGAAAAGUUGGAAACAGAUAAAUAUUUAAUUUACAGUCCCCCCCCACCCUUCAAGUUGUUAUUGUGAUAGAUUUCCACUUGUAGAAGUAACAGUAUUUUCAAACAUGGUUGCCUAGAUUUAAUCAAGUCCUGAGGUUGAUUUUUCACGUUUCCACUCAAACCAGGACAGAACUUGGGCCAUAGUUUGUUUCAUACACAUCUGAUAAUACUAUGCUCUGAUGUGUAUUUUAAAUUGAGUUUCUUAAUAAACUGUUUACUUCUGGAAUUCAGUAAAA